CAGUUUCUUCCCCAAAUAUCAGUUUUUCCAUUUUGAGCUCCACCAUUAACGCUAAUUAGGGCUUUGAAAUUGGUGGAUUACAAUUUACAAACCCCAGAAUCGAAAAUGGAGGUAAAAAUCAACCGAUUGUUUGGGCCAAUUGUUACAUUCGUCAAUGGAGGGGACCAGCUUCCUUGGACCUCACCUGACAUUAUUGUUGGCUGCGAGAGAGAAGUUGCAGAUGCUAACAAAGGUGCCUCUGAUGAAGGGAAGAAUGAGAGUAUUAUGAGAUUGUCAUGGGCUCUUGUUCAUUCUAAACAACCUGAAGAUGUGCAACGAGGGAUCGCUAUGCUUGAGGCUUCACUUGCCAACGCAAGUAGUCCACUACAGCAGCGAGAAAAGCUUUAUCUUUUAGCUGUUGGAUAUUACAGAAGUGGGGAAUAUUCAAGGAGCAGAGAGCUUACCGUUCAAUGUCUAGAGAUUGCACCUGAUUGGAGACAAGCUUUAUCGCUUAAGAAGGCUAUCGAAGAUAGAAUAACUAAAGAUGGUGUCAUUGGUAUAGGAAUCACUGUGACCACUAUAGGACUCAUUGCUGGUGGGAUUAUAGCAUCGUUGGUCCGAAGAAAAUGAUCUUCACCAAAACAACUAUCUGAGGUUAUUGACACAAAAACCCGAGUUUCUAUUAGAUGAACGAACUAUAUUAGUUCGUUUCUUUUCCAUUUCCUUGCCUUCUUCUUCUCUUCGACUCGUUUAAAGGGAGUCAGUAAAUGUUCUAUAGAAUAAUGCCAGGCCAUAUGGCUGAAAUUCUAGUGAUUUACUGUUCGUUUGGUUAAAGACUCACUUUG